UCGGUCGGUAAGUCGAUCGAAAUGUUCGUGUCAGAGUUCGAUACAUCGGUGCGCGUUCAUUGAUGUUGAAUGUGUGUGAGAGCGUGUAUCUCAUUGGAGAUUCGUUUCAUGAACUCAACUAUAAAAUAUCAGUAGCAAAAGGCAAUCAUUGCUAUUUACUCGAAUGUCUUCGGUGUUACAAUUCACGCAAAUCGACUAUUAAUUUAGACGGCUCCGACGACGACCUAUUAUUCAAAAAAGAAAGAGAGAGAAAUAACAACAAAAAAUUGAUCGUAUUACAUAUUAAACACUGAUUUUAUUAUACUUAAACUUUCAUCCGUUUCUCUUUCUCGCUCACUCUCUCUUCGAUGUCGUCAUUAUUGCUGCUAUUGUUGUUAUUGUUGUUGUCAACUGUAAUCACUUGAAUGUCACACGGUUUGUUCGUUCCGACUUUGAUUUAUUUAACGUUGAUGUGAAUAUUAAAAAAAAAAAAUACACAAUUUUCAGUUACCGAUAAAAGUUAUCAAACAAACAUAUUGAUUGUGUGUAAGUGUGUUCAAAUACGAACAACAUUUGUGUCAUAUCGCAUCGAAUUUAAUGUUUAUGUCAAUAAAUUGAAACAUUUGAUCGUCAUCUACCGUGUACAGUGUGUUUAAUUUACUCGCUAAAUUUCAGAGAAAGAAAUAGGUACGCAUUUGGAUUCCAAGCAAAACGGACCAUAUCAAAAUAAAUAAAUGUGUGUGUACGAGAGAGCAGAGAGAGAAAUAAACAACUCAUUCUAAAACAGAUUCACACGUGUGCACAUUCGAUCAUUUACAACAGUCAAUAAGCCGUAUAGUAAACGGAAACACAUAAAUAUCAUUUGAAUUCGUUCAGUGUUAUUCUUUUUCUAUUUCGCGUCUCGAACCUCGUAUACUUCAUCGCAUCGGUAUCAGUCGUUGCACCAAUUUAACGCAUUUUGAUCGAAUUAAAUAUUACGCUGCAGUCUAUUUGUGUUGUUUCCCGUUUUUGUUGUUGAUGGAAUAGCAUCAUGUCUUUGUGGGAACGAGUAUCUGGCCAAGCGGGCUUCGAACGAAUCAAGUCACUGUACAAUGAAAAUUUCCCCCUUGAAGUGCGUAUAUUGUGCGCUGCAUGGAUCGAAGAACGGAUCAAAGCCGAGCAAUACAUCGACAUAAAUGAUCCACAGUAUGAGCAACGUGCGGCCAAUUUUAUUUCAAAUUUGAUCCAACAACUGGAGCUGGAGAAGCAACGCUUGAAAAAACCCGAAGAACUGUCGAUUAAAUAUCGAAUCGAAGAUGCAAUGCGAACAUUCACACAGAAUAUCUAUAGUCCGGGUCAAUUAUAUAAACAAAUUCGUGAUGCAUUGAUGUACGAACAGCAUAUUUUGGACUCGUGUGCUAAUAAUCCACAAUUGAACUAUGUGGACAACGAGGUGCUCGAAAUUAAUGAUAAAAUCAAGAACUUACGCACACUUAUCAUGCACAACAAUGAGGCUGGCAAUCGAUACAAACACGAAUUGGAACAGUGUAUGCUGCGCUACAGCGAAAGUACAAAACGUAUCCAAGAAAUGAGUAAUAUGCCGAAAACACAGGAUAAUGAAGACCGAUGCGCCGCAUUUAUGGAAGAGUGCAAACGUCAAGUUUGCCUCAUGUCGGACAAUAUCAAUCAACGACGCAUUGAGAUCUAUUCAUCGAUUCGAACCGUCAUCGAUUUAUUGGACGAGGUACAAAAGAUUGUCAUCCAUAAGCGUUUGGGCAAGUGGCAACGUGAUCAAGCGUUAGCCGGCAACGGUGCACCAUUACCGCUGAAUGCGCUCGACGAAAUUCAGAUCUGGUUUGAAGAUUUGGCCGAACUCAUUUGGAAUACACGUACAUUGAUAGAUACCAUGCGCAAGUCUCAUAUGCCACUUAGUCAGGCAAAUUUUGACGGUUUUGAGGUGGCCUAUCGCGAAAUUACCAACCUUCUACAGAAUCUGAUUGUAUCGGGUUUCAUUGUGGAAAAACAACCGCCGCAAGUUAUGAAAACCAACACAAGAUUCGCUGCGACAGUGCGUCUCCUAUUAGCUAAUGUCAGCAUUCACUUGAAUAAUCCAUUUGUGACAGUUUCCAUUUUAUCUGAGGCACAGGCUCAAGCCCAACAGCAGAACCAUUCAUCGCCGUUGGCCGAAGCAUCUGGUGAGAUUUUGAACAACACUGGAAACUUGGAACUGCAGCAAGCAACGCGGCAUCUAACAUGCAACCUGAGAAACAUGCAGCUGAAAAAGAUUAAACGAGCCGAAAAGAAGGGCACCGAAAGCGUAAUGGACGAAAAGUUUGCUCUGCUAUUCCAGUCAAAAUUCCAAACUGGUGACAUGCAACUUAAUGUGUGGGUAAUGUCAUUACCGGUUGUUGUUAUCGUACAUGGAAAUCAAGAGCCACAAUCAUGGGCAACCAUCACAUGGGAUAAUGCGUUCUCCGAAGUCAGCCGCAUUCCCUUCACGGUCGUUGACCGAGUGCCGUGGUCCAGAAUGGCAUCGGCUCUCAACAUGAAAUUCUACUCUCAAACCGGCCGAAGUUUGACCAAUGAAAAUUUGUACUACCUAUGUGAGAAAGCCUACCGAGCAACUAUCAAUUUUAAUCCCGAGGAACGUCCAAUUACAUGGUCUCAGUUUUGUAAGGAAGCGUUGCCAGACCGGACAUUUACGUUUUGGGAUUGGUUUUACGCAGUUAUGAAAUUAACACGUGAUCAAUUGCGCGGUCCUUGGACCGAAGGUCUCAUCAUUGGUUUCAUCAAUAAGCGUCAAGCCGAAGAAAUGCUUCUGAAAUGUCCACCCGGUACAUUUUUGUUACGAUUCUCGGACAGUGAACUUGGUGGAAUUACAAUUGCAUGGGUUGAGCAUACGGUCGAUCAGUUGCCGCAAAUUGUUAUGCUACAACCGUUUUGCCACAAAGAUUUCGCCAUUCGUUCACUUGGUGAUCGCAUCAAGGAUCUGAAUCAAUGUGUCUAUCUGUAUCCCGAUAUUCCGAAGGAUAAAGCAUUCGGCAACUACUACACACCGUUGGGUGUUGAAUCAUCGACAAAUGGAUAUGUGAAGCCAAUUCUCAAAACAACCGUGCCAGAUGAGUGUAAACAGUUGAGUAGCUAUCCAAAUACUCCGCAACAUAAUUGGCAGUCACCGGAUGAUCAUCGUGAUACCGCAUCAGUUACGAGUUUCAACCCACAUGAAUCAGAUGGCUUCAACAAUACCACUGAUCCAUAUUUGGAGAUGCAGAUGGAUGAUGCCGACUUCAAUGCUCUAUCGGAUUAUGUAAACUAAACACAAGCUGGAGCAUAUAUUAGAGCACACACAACUUUAUUGAGCAACAAAAAAUGAUUGAGAAAAAAAAAUUAAAUAAAACACAUUGAAAAUAAUGAAACAACAACAAUAAAAAAAAAUCAAGUAAAACUGACAUCAUUUCAGCAUAAAAGAUUAUAGCAAGAGAAUAUAUAUCACAAUAUUGGAGAGAAAUGACACAGGAAGAGGGGCGACACCGAAUUAAUAAUAAAAAAAAGAAAAGAAAAUAAGAUUCAAUAAAAUCGAUUACAAAACCGAAAGAAUUUUGUACAUGAAUAGAAUUAAUAAGAAAGAAACACAUAAUAUCGAAACUAGAAAAAAGAGGAAAAAAUGGAAAAGUAAUAAUUGAUUCAUCAAUCCUUUUUUUAAGUUCAUAUGAUUAUAUAUAUUUUUACGUUUUUCUCACUUACAACAACCACAACUUUCUUUUUUCUUUGUCUAAUUUGUAAGGAAUUGAGUUUUUUUUUUUGAAAAUUAAAGCAAACCUUCUAGAGCAAUAACAAUCAACGAUGCAAGAGAAAAAAAAUAAACAUAACAGAAUAAUAGUGUGCAAUAGUAUUAAGUUCCAUUGGUGGGAAUGAAGCUAGUGGUAAAGGUAUACUCUCGCUCAUCAGGACACACGCAAUAUAUAUUGAGAGUUGAUAUCAAUGAAUUUUUUCGCCUCACUCGAGUGAGAAGAGAUCUCUUCUCGAAUUUUUUUUUAUUUCCUUCCUAAAGUUACUUAAUUUUCUAUAUUUUUUUACAAGAGACCAAAAUUUCAAGUAUUCUCGAAUUACAUAAAUUUCAUUUGUUUUUUUUCUUAAUCGCAUAAUUAGGGAAAAAAAUAGAUUUUCUUCUCUAUUUCAUUUUAAAAAAAAAAGGAAAAAAAUAAGUAUAUAAAUGUAAAAAAGAGGAAAAAACAGAAACACAGAUUUGAUGCCUUAAUUAAACUCGAGACUAAAUUACACACAACGACAGUCGAUUUGAGAGUGCUUCUAAUUGCAUUUCUCGCAUGUUUUAUUGAUGAUGCAAUUAUUACGAAUAGUUAAAAAAAAAGAAGAAUUGGUUUUUUUUUCAUCAGAUGUGACAUUACCGCAUAAUUCAAUUAUAUAUGAAUUCUUUGAAAAAAGUAUUGGAAAUCUUUGAACAAAAAACAAAAACAAUGCCUUUCGUUUAAUUUUUUGUUUAUUGUUUACUAAAUUGUCUUUCCGCAUUUUUGGCUUGAGCUUGGUUCGACGAUUGCAGCCCGGAUGAUACAGCGUGACCGUUAGUUUGAAUGCGGUUUUAUCACAACAAAAGAACAGCAAUGAAACCGUUUCAAACCUUAGGCUGUUGGAAUUUCUUACUUUAAUUAUUAAAAACUUCGUCCAUUGAUUGUGAUUGUGUUGCAUGCUUGUACUUUAUCAAGUUUUAUCAAACGUUUGGUGAAUGCCAAUUCUUUGUCUUACAUUUUAGUCUGAAUAUAUGAAUAGCGUGCUUGCUGCGAAUUUCUAAUUUUUUUUAGCUAUUUUUGGUUUAUAGUUUAUUGACAUGGUAAAUUGUUUAUUUUCAUUUUUGUGUAUGUGUUUUUUUCUAUUGUUUUUCUGUUGGUUAACCGUAAGAAUUAUUCGAAAACAUUUUGUGAACGUUCCGACGGAACUAAAAAAAUGGUACGUGACACAAUCAUAUAACAACGAAAUGGAAACAUUUAAGAAAUCUACCCAAAACUCAAUUUCAAUUAUCAAUCAAAAAAUUCAAUUGCAUAUGAGUGGAGAAAAAUUUGCAGAGAAAAAAUGAACUAUUUUAGCGAUAUACAAUUUGAUCGGAUUUUUAUUAUGGAAAUAGACAUACAUUUUUGCAUUAAAUAUACAGAGCAUAUUUUGACAUGUAACAAUUGGGAAAUGUAAUUACAAUGGGAAAAUGCACAUUUUACUCACUUACGUGAUAGUCAAACUGACACAGUAUCAUUGAGAAAAAAAAGCGGUACAGAAAAAAGAAGUAAACAAAAAUGAUGCAACUCAAUCACACAAGACGUUCGAAGGGUGUUAACAAUCAUCAUGGCAAAGAAUUUCAAUGCGAUAUGUACGUAGGUUGAGUACAUAGCGGUGCAAUGAUAAUACACGGUUUUCCCCAAUCGUAUUCAAUAUUAGCCUCUGUCAUAAGGUCAUAAGGCCCUGAGGCCUAGGGGGUAGACACGAAAUAACACUAGAAGAAAACUAGCAAAAAUUGAGCAUACUAGAAGUUACUAGAAGAAUAUUUGUGAAAAAAUUGAGUGAUGCCUCUUCCAUAAGAAAUGCAUUGGCAAUGCUAUACUUAUGGAAGAAGCAAUGGUACGAUACUAGAAAUACUAGCAGAAUAUUUGCGUUUCUGCUUGUACACUAGAAAAACUAGAAGAAACUAAACGCCUAUUUGAACCGAUUUGAACAAACUAGCUAUACUAGAAAUUGGUGUCUAACCCCUAGCCUGAGGUCAAUACUAUGCGCAAACUUGAACUAAUGAGGUUUCAUCGUUUUUAUCCGUGUUCCGCUUGGCAUCUUUGACUGUUCCGUUUGGUUCGGUUCGGUUCGAAUUGAAUAGAAUUCAGAGGGAAAAAAGAGCAAACCCAAUUCACACCAAAUGCAAAUUUGCAUGUUGAGCAUCAACUAAAAAUAAUCGGCCAUCAAUAUUAUAUGUAUAGUGGAAGUGACAUGUCCUAUGAAUGGUUGUAAAACUAUAAAAUACGAGAUUUAAAAAAAUAAAAAUAAAAAAUGAAUCCCCACCCCCAAUACAAUAUAUCACACAAUAUAUUUCAAAUAAAAUGCAAACAUCAAUUUUUCCGAUUUGUAACUGAAUCUUCAAUAAAAAUUUAUUUAUGACUUUCAAUCAAAUUUAUAUUCAUUAAAAUUCACAUCAUUUCUAACACACAAAAUUCCGAUUCAAUACCAAUAACAAACAUACGGUUUCUAUCCAAAAUAGACAAAUUUUCCUCCAAUAUAACAGAUGAACACAUAUUUAAAUUUUUAAAUGCAGAUAUUUUAUCAGGGUUGUGAUAUUUGAAAUCGAUGCAACGAAUGAAAAAAAAAAUUCAAUGCAGAUUAUCAUUGAAUAAGCUCACAUGAACGUGAAAAAAAAAAUUAUUCGUCCUGAAGCUGUUGUAACGUUUCCUUGGACGAACAAGGAAGAACACAAAUUUUCAAAACCCAAUACAUACUUUCCGUUGCAGUUAAUCAAUCAUAAGCAUACAAAUAGAAUUGUCAAUAAAAUUACAACAUGUCAAUUGUGGGAAAUAAAAA